UUGUGUACCACCCCGUCUACCUUCUUGGCCAAGACCCGAAAUCCCGAAACUACCCUUCUUGCAAAUCAAAGAGACCCAGACCUUUCUUCUCCCUCUCGACCGCCUUCUGGUGAUCUCCCUUCGCUUCACAUUCUCUUGCACCCAUCUCUCUCUCUCUCUCUCUCUCUCUCUCUCUAAGGGAAUUCUGUUUUCCUUCGCUAGAAAAGGAAGGGUGAUUCCCUGCUUCAACCAUGACCGUCAUGACUCCUGCCCCCAUUGAUCAACAAGAGGAGGAGGAGAUGCUCGUACCGCACUCGGAUUUGGCUGAGAAUAAUCACCAACCCAUGGAUGUUGUCACACAACCUGAAACUGCUAGUACCGUGGAGAACCAGCCAGUGGAGGAUCCUCCAUCAUCGAGGUUUACAUGGAGAAUUGACAACUUUUUUAGGCUGAAUACUAAGAAGCUCUAUUCGGAAAUAUUUAGUGUUGGAAGUUAUAAAUGGCGUGUGCUUAUUUUCCCAAAGGGAAACAAUGUGGAGCAUUUGUCUAUGUAUUUGGAUGUUGCUGAUUCAGCAAGUUUGCCAUAUGGGUGGAGUAGAUAUGCACAGUUUAGCUUGUGUGUUUUAAAUCAAAUUCAUAACAAAUACUCAGUGAGAAAAGACACACAACAUCAGUUCAAUGCACGAGAAAGUGAUUGGGGUUUCACAUCCUUUAUGCCUCUUAGUGAGCUAUAUGAUCCUAGUAGAGGGUAUCUUCUGAAUGAUACUCUCAUAAUUGAAGCUGAGGUUCUAGUUCGUAGGGUUGUGGACUACUGGACAUAUGACUCAAAAAAGGAGACAGGUUAUGUUGGGCUUAAGAACCAAGGAGCAACAUGUUACAUGAACUCUCUUCUCCAAACUCUGUUCCAUAUUCCGUACUUCAGGAAGGCUGUGUACCAUAUGCCUACAACUGAAAAUGAUUUGCCAUCGGCUAGCAUUCCUUUGGCUUUGCAGAGCCUAUUUUACAAGCUCCAGUGCAGUGACAACAGUGUUGCAACAAAAGAACUGACCAAGUCCUUUGGAUGGGACACAUAUGAUUCUUUUAUGCAGCAUGAUGUGCAAGAGCUCAAUAGGGUUCUCUCUGAAAAACUUGAAGACAAAAUGAAGGGAACUGUUGUAGAGGGAACAAUACAGAAGUUAUUUGAAGGGCAUCACAUGAACUACAUCGAAUGCAUUAAUGUGGACUACAAAUCAACUAGAAAGGAGUCAUUUUAUGAUCUUCAGCUUGAUGUCAAAGGCUGUCGGGAUGUUUAUGCUUCAUUUGAUAAGUAUGUAGAAGUUGAACGUCUUGAGGGCGAUAACAAAUAUCAUGCUGAACAAUAUGAAUUGCAGGAUGCCAAGAAGGGGGUGUUGUUCAUUGAUUUUCCUCCUGUACUUCAACUUCAGCUGAAACGGUUUGAAUAUGAUUUUAUGCGGGACACAAUGGUGAAGAUAAAUGACCGUUAUGAGUUCCCAUUGCAACUUGACCUUGAUCGUGAGAAUGGCAAAUAUUUAUCACCCGAUGCAGAUAGAAGUGUUCGUAAUCUUUACAUGCUUCAUAGUGUUUUGGUACACAGUGGUGGUGUGCAUGGUGGACAUUAUUAUGCCUUUAUCAGGCCGACUCUUGGUGAUCAGUGGUACAAAUUUGAUGAUGAAAGAGUAACAAAAGAAGAUGUGAAGAGGGCAUUGGAGGAGCAGUAUGGUGGUGAGGAAGAGUUACCACAGACGAAUCCUGGAUUCAAUAACACUCCUUUUAAAUUUACCAAAUAUUCAAAUGCAUACAUGCUGGUGUAUAUACGUGAAAGUGACAAGGACAAAAUAAUCUGUAAUGUGGAUGAGAAGGACAUUGCAGAACAUCUUAGGGAGAGGUUGAAAAAAGAGCAAGAAGAAAAAGAGUACAAAAAGAAAGAGAAGGCAGAGGCACAUCUUUAUACUAUUAUAAAGGUUGCACGAGACGAAGAUCUUGCAGAGCAGAUUGGAAGGGAUAUAUAUUUUGAUCUUGCGGAUCACGAAAAAGUUCGGAGCUUUCGCAUUCAAAAGCAGAUGCCAUUUAACCUUUUCAAGGAGGAGGUUGCUAGAGAGUUUGGUAUACCAGUGCAGUUCCAGCGUUUUUGGCUGUGGGCAAAGCGGCAAAACCACACUUAUCGCCCAAACCGGCCAUUGACGCCUAUGGAGGAAACUCAAUCAGUUGGACAGUUGAGGGAGGUAUCAAAUAAGGUUCACAAUGCGGAACUAAAGUUGUUCUUGGAAGUAGAGCAUGGACCGAAUUUAGGUGCUGUUGCUCCACCUGACAAGACAAAGGAUGAUAUUUUGCUUUUCUUCAAGCUUUAUGAUCCUGCAAAAGAAGAGCUACGUUAUGUUGGAAGGCUUUUUGUAAAGGGUGCUGGUAAGGCAGUAGAAAUUUUGACAAAAUUAAAUGAAAUGGCUGGCUAUGCUCUUGAUGAAGAUAUCGAACUUUAUGAGGAAAUCAAGUUUGAACCCAGUGUCAUGUGUGAAUCCAUUGACAGGCAAUCCACGUUUCGAGUCUGCCAGCUUGAAGAUGGAGACAUUAUUUGCUUUCAAAAAUCUUCUCCAGUUGAAAGAGGUGAACAGUUCCGCUAUCCAGAUGUUCCUUCAUUUUUGGAUUAUGUGCACAAUCGUCAAGUUGUUCACUUUCGAGCUCUGGAUAAACCCAAGGAAGAUGAUUUCCGUCUAGAGAUGUCAAAGCUUUAUACCUAUGAUGACGUUGUGGAAAGAGUAGCUCUGCAACUUGGUUUGGAUGAUCCAUCCAAAAUCAGGCUUACCCCUCACAACUGUUACUCUCAGCAACCCAAGCCCCAGCCUAUUAAGUAUCGGGGGGUGGAGCGUUUGUCUGAUAUGCUAGUCCACUACAAUCAGACUUCGGAUAUAUUGUACUACGAAGUAUUAGACAUCCCUCUACCAGAAUUACAAGGUUUGAAAACUCUGAAAGUAGCAUUUCAUCAUGCUACUGAGGAUGAAGUGGUGGUUCAUACUACUAGACUGCCAAAACUGAGCACUGUAGGAGAUGUAAUUAAUGAUCUUAAAACAAAGGUUGAGUUGUCUCAUCCUAAUGCAGAACUUAGGUUGCUUGAAGUUUUCUAUCACAAGAUUUACAAGGUUUUCCCCCCUACAGAAAAGAUUGAGAACAUAAAUGAUCAAUACUGGACAUUACGGGCAGAAGAGAUCCCAGAAGAAGAGAAAAAUCUCGGUCCUCAUGAUCGCCUAAUACAUGUAUACCAUUUCACGAAAGACACAGCUCAGAACCAGAUGCAAAUUCAGAAUUUUGGGGAACCUUUUUUCUUGGUCAUACAUGAGGGUGAGACUUUGGCUGAAAUUAAAGUGCGAUUACAGAAGAAGUUACAGGUUCCGGAUGAGGAGUUUGCGAAGUGGAAGUUUGCAUUCCUUUCUCUUGGUCGUCCAGAGUACCUGCAGGACUCAGACAUUGUUUCUAAUCGUUUUCAGAGAAGAGAUGUUUAUGGUGCUUGGGAGCAGUAUCUUGGAUUGGAGCACUCUGACAGCUCUCCCAAAAGAGCUUAUGCGGCUAAUCAGAACCGGCACACAUUUGAGAAGCCUGUAAAAAUUUACAACUAGGACAUAAUAGGGGAGUAAUGAAAUUCUAUCUUUGCAACUGGAUGAGUUGAGAACCCUCUACACAUUUUGGCUGUAAAAAGGGAAAAGUAGUGAAAACGAACUCCAUUUAGGCAACAAGUGAAGUUAGCAUUGUGGAGGUGUCUAUUGGGUAUGGUUGUUGAUUUUGUUGGAUGUGUAAUUCUUUUCCUAGUUUGACGGGGAGGACUUUUUGAAGUCAUUGUGUAUCCUGCUGUCACGAUGCAGCCCCUUCGAGCUUUUUCCUCCGUCUUUUUUGGAGGUUCCUCUUGGGUGACAGGUCAGUGGCCUUCAUCAUGGGUUCAUUGUAAUUUAACAGUACAUAUACAAGAUUUUUGAACUAGUGAUUGUAUACAGGGUAUAGUAUAGUCGGGUGGCACGCUUUUAUUCUCUUUGCUUCAUGAUUUUGUUUCGCAAAUUGGGAUGUGGGAUGGUUGAGGAGUUCCUGUUUGCGAGCAUGUUUUUAGUUUUUUGUAUAACGAACUUGUCGGCCACUGCCCCGCCCUUCGAAUUGUUAUCAAAGGGGACCCAGAAUCUUUAUUAUUUAUUAAAUAGAUUUGCAUUGCGAAUUAGGCAGGUUAUGACAA